AUGACACCACGCGUCUCCCGCCUGAGCAAACUGUGGGUCAUCAUGAGGAAGCCACGAGCAACUGGGAGAAGUUUCAGGAAGAAAGUACCUAGCCAAGAGGGAGGAGGAAAAUGUGCCCUCAGCAGCAGGCAGGCCAAGCCUUCUGUCCCUGAUGGUCUGGCCAGGCAGCAGGAGAAGGUAGCAUUGCAGGCCUCCAUCUCGCCAUACCAUCUAUUCAAAGACACAGCUGAGGUCACAGACUUCCGGGGCAGUCUACUGAGCUGGUAUGACAGAGAGAAGCGCGACCUACCCUGGAGAAGGCGGGCAGAGGAUGAGGUGGACCUGGACAGGCGGGCAUAUGCCGUGUGGGUCUCAGAGGUCAUGCUGCAGCAGACCCAGGUUGCCACGGUGACUGACUACUAUACCCGAUGGAUGCAGAAGUGGCCAACACUGCAGGACCUGGCCAGUGCUUCCUUGGAGGAGGUGAACCAGCUCUGGGCUGGCUUAGGCUACUAUUCUCGAGGCCGGAGACUGCAGGAGGGAGCCCGGAAGGUUGUGGGGGAACUAGGAGGCCACAUGCCACGUACAGCGGAGACUCUGCAGCAGCUCCUGCCUGGUGUGGGGCGGUACACAGCUGGAGCCAUUGCUUCUAUUGCCUUUGGCCAGGCAACCGGUGUAGUGGACGGGAAUAUAAUACGGGUGCUGUGCCGCGUCCGGGCGAUUGGUGCUGAUCCCAGCAGCACUCUUGUCUCCCAACAACUCUGGAACUUAGCCCAGCUGCUGGUGGACCCAGCCCGGCCAGGGGACUUCAACCAAGCUGCCAUGGAACUGGGGGCCAUAGUGUGCACCCCACAGCGCCCAUUUUGCAGCCAGUGCCCUGUGCAGAGCCUGUGCCGGGCACACCAGAAGGUGAAAAGGGAACAGCUCUCAGCCUCCCAAAGCCUGGCACAUAGCCCUGAUGUGGAGGAAUGUGCUUUCAACACUGGACAGUGCCAGCUGUGCCCACCACCCACAGAGCCCUGGGACCAGACCCUGGGAGUGACCAACUUUCCCCGAAAGGCCAGUCGCAGGCCCCCCAGGGAGGAAUGCUCUGCCACCUGUGUCCUGGAGCAGCCCGGGGCUGUUGGAGGUGCUCGACUCCUACUGGUACAGAGGCCCAGCUCAGGUUUGCUGGCAGGACUAUGGGAGUUUCCAUCUGUGACCAUUGUGCCCUCGGGGCUGUGCCAGCGCAAGGCCCUGCUGCAGGAACUGCAGAGUUGGGCUGGACCCCUCCCGGCCACCCGCCUCCAGCACCUUGGGGAGGUCAUCCACAUCUUCUCCCACAUCAAGCUGACAUAUCAAGUGUAUGGUCUGGUCCUGGAAGGGCAGACCCCGGUGACCACUGCACCACCUGGCGCUCGCUGGCUAACCCGGGAGGAGUUCCACACUGCAGCUGUCUCUACUGCCAUGAAAAAGGUGUUCCGGGUAUAUGAAGGCCAGCAGCCAGGGACCUGGAAGGGUCUCAAAAGGUCCCGAGUGUCUAUCCCAUCUAGCCGGAAAAAGUCCAGCCUGGGUCAGCAAGUCUUGGAUCGUUUCUUUCGGCCCCAUGUCCCCACAGGUGCGCCCAGCCUCAACAGUGCAGCCCAGUGA